AUGAAUAUGAUAAAAAAUAUAAUAAAUCAAUUUAUCAAACUGUUUGGACAAGAGUACUUGGGAGAAUGGGACGCCAUACAAAAUUUGACGAUCAAUUCUGUGACCUCCCCGGAAAUCCUACUGAAGAACGUCCCAUUCCCAGAAAAACUAUUCGAACUGGCGGAGCUACCCUUCGAAAUAGUUUACUCAAACAUAAAAAAUCUGCGUAUAAAAUUUCUGUGGUCAUCCAUUUUUUCAAAUAAUGUUAGCCCCAUAAAUAUUUACGCCAAUGACCUGUUCCUGGUUAUAAAGUUCUCCUACCCCAGUUUGUGGGACACGAACAAAAUUAUGAAUCACCAGUAUAAGUUGAAAAGAACAAAAUUGGAAAAAUGGGACAGCAUUAACAUAUCCAAGGAAAAAAAAGAAGACAAUUUUUUAAAAGCACUGCCAGUCAAACUAGUCAACUCGCUAAGAAUUUUAGUGGAGAAUAUCAAAAUCGUAUUUUUCGAUAAUUAUAUUCAUAAAAAUCCUUUCACCUUUGAAUUUCUGAUAAAGAAUUUCAAGAUAGACGAACUGAACAAGUACAACGUUAAGCUGACAGAGGAAGAAAAAAGAAAUAUCAAGAAGAACUUCCUAAUUAACAUAUGGAUAAGGAUGAUAGGACUUCAUAUUAUUUACAAGGAAUACAAAAAGAAGAUAAAGUACAAGAAGCAGCUGAAGAAAAAGAAGGCUGAUCUGCUUCAUAACAGUGAGAAGGUUGACCCGGCUGCGGCGAAGUCGAAGGGGGGAGAAGACGACGCAAUGGACGAAUACUUCCUGACGGCCAUCGAAAGCCUGUUCAGCGAGAGCGCGAGCUCCGUUCACCGAGGCAAGAGGCACAGCUGGAGGAGGGCGAAAAGAAGGAGCUCCUUAAAUAAUCAUGGACUGGAAAAAGCAUUUCGUUCAUUCAGUGACUACGACGUCAAUGAGAGGAUAAAGGAUGGGAACUUAAAAAGAAGGGUGCGGAGACAAAUGCGCACGGGACGAUUUGGUAAAAAACUCUCCUCAAACGAAUCAACGAGUAAGCAAAAAAAUAAAAAAAAAGGAAAAAGUAAUUACAACUUUGAAAUUCCCAAGCAUGACUUAGGGUUCAGAAUAACAGCGAAAGAUGGAUUAGACAUGCACGUCGUUUUUAAGAAGUAUGACAUGAAGGCACUGAGCGAACUGAAAAAUGAUUUAAAGUGUUUCAAGAAUGUGGAACUUUCCUUUGUUAAGCACAUCCAAGACAACGUGGAAGAUGAUUGUUGCCAUAAUGUAAAAAUAGAGGCAGAAGAGGAACAUGUGAAGAAGACGUGGUAUUGUUAUAACCAUGGCAGUAGUAACCUAGCACACCCGAACAAUAAUUCAUUCUUUAUUUCAAAUGAUCCAAACGGAAACGAACCGAAUAACGAUCUUUGUAAUUCCGAAUUGAAAAACUGCGAUGAAAUAAUGGAACGAAGCUUCAAGAAUGACUACCCCCCUCUCUUUAGUGACAUUUCUGCGUUUGAAACGUUGAAUGUCUUUUUUACCGCCCCGGCAUUGGACUCUCUUUUCAAUUUCAUCAAGUACAUAGAAUUUUGGUUCCUAUACAAAGGGGGAUGCUGCAAAAUUUUUAAUAUCAUUCCGAGUAUAGAAAAUUGUAUAAGAUACUCCGAAUUGAGAAAAUUGCGAAAUGAGAAAAAUUACGUUUAUGACGAGGGGACUGAGGGUUUUUUGGAAAGGUUUGAAGCUUCAUGCCCUAUUCACUUGCUAACCAAGUUGAGGAUACUCUCCGAUGAGUGUAUAUACAGCAAGGGAUAUUUUAACAAGGCUCAUUUGAAGAGAAGAGAGUGGAAAAAGUUGCUCUACAAUUUUAUUAAAAAUCAGAAAGGGACAACCACCUCCAUUAUCAAUGAAAAUUUGGAGAAGUUAGACAAAUGGUUUUCCCACGAUAUGCUAUUCAAUUUGGUGAUUCCAAAAAUUAAUUUCACCUACAUCCCCAUCAAAUUUAGUCACUUCAGUAAUUGCAGUGUAAAGUAUAAUAAGUGCCUCCUAUCCUACACACUAGCGUGUUCCUUCCUAUUUAAGCAGGAGAAAUUAUCCCCAAUAAAGAAGAAGAUGGGCAUUUAUCUUCACAACGUCGAUAUACACUCCCUUUUUGUUCUUUUUAAGAAAAAUACCAAAUUUGUCAUGAAUAAAAAAGAGUACUGUAUUCACUAUGUAGAGAAAUUACCCAUGAGAAACUCAUGCUUGUAUCAUGAGCCGAAUGACAAUAGUGUAAGCUUUUACCAUUGGGGUCACCGGAAUGUAGAAGAUGACUGUGAUGACUUUAUCGACAGGAUACAUUCCAAGGAGGAAGGAAGAGCAGAGAAGAAUGUCGGCCCUAUGAUAAAUAGUCUAAUGGGACAGAGACGAACACAAAAGGGGAUACUCCUGGACAGCGCGGAGUGUUACACAGAAAAUGAAGCACCCAAUCAGGGGAAUAACGAAAGUGGGCAGCUACCGAAUGAGAGUGGUUUUGUCACCAAGGAAGGAGUAAAACCGAGUAAUAGCGCCAAGCGAAACAGCCUAGAGCGAGCAGAUCCAAAUGGUCAUGAAAAUUAUCUUAAAACGCAACGCGAAAGCGCGAAUGGAAAUCUGUACAGCUCUAGCAAUACAGAGAGCGACCAAGAUGGGAAGGAUUGCAUGAACACCUUUAAAAACUACAAUAUGUGGAACCUCUUUGAGAGAAGAUAUUUUGGUGAAAGCCAUCUCCAAGGGGAAAAAGAAGGAGAAAAAAUCCAAGUCGAAAAUAUGGGAAGUCUUGAAAAUGAACAUAUCAAAAAUGAGUAUGAAGAAGGCAAAGGGAACAGUGGCAACAACUACGGCCGUAGCAGCGUUGCUAAUAUGAGAAAUAAUCGAAAUGCAUUCUGGAAGUUCAUUCUAGGUAAGCAGAAAAAAGAAACCCUAGACAACAUGAACAAGCAUAAUGCCAAACCUAUUGACGACAACAAUUUCGAUCGAAUAAUUAAUAACCAGGUUGUCCUAAUCCCAAACUGUCUAAUCAUUCAUAUUAAUGAGUACUCCAACCAUGUAAGGGAAAUUGAGAUAACCGUUUGCAAGUACGUAAUUAAUGUUAAUAAUUUAUUUCCGCUUCUGAACUUCAUCCCCACGAACAACACCUGUCUUGAGCUCUUCCUGAAAUAUGAUAAUUUCAUCGACAAGGAUGUUAUCGAAUGUAUUUGCCUAUGUAUAAGUAGAAGCGUAAAGAAGAAGAAGAUUCUGCGUCUUCGCAUGGAUGACUUGAAGUUUUAUUUUUUUCACUCCUCGUACGUCCAAAACGAAGUGGUUAAUUUGACAAGCUUCCUCAAUAAGACCAGGAGAAAGAGGAACACACGGGGAAACACAGACUGUCAAGAAAAGUUCAUCGAACAUGAUCUUCUUCUCGAUCCGUUUAAAUCUUUAGCGGAUGAGAACCAAGCUGAAAUGAAAAUGACAGGCAGAAAAUUGCAUAAGGAUGAGAUGACCACAGAGAGGAGUGACUACAUGGUGAACAACCACCCAAAUGGGGGGGUUACGAAUAAUAUUAACCACCGGGGGGAGGACAACAACGAUAGUACUAGUGGGACGACCUCCAGCACUUUCGAACAAUCGGAGGAGGAGCACGACGGGGACCAAAUGCAUAGAGGUAGGAGGAGUAACCUCCACAGAAGCAGAAGUCUAGAUCAUUUUGUAAGAACGCAAGAAAGGGACAUAACCAACAUACAUAACAUCAUUUUUAACAACCUCUUUGUUUCGCAAACGAAUCUUUAUCAUACAAAAGUGAACAACACCUUUUCCUAUCUGAGGAAGAGAAAUUUUCUUUACUCGAUUAGAAGCAGAUAUUAUAGUUUUUUAAGGAGAUACAUCCAGUAUAAUAACAAUAGGCACAAGGCAAAGAAUCGAAAUUUGUUAUCGAUUGGAGUUUUCGGUCACGUCAGAAAUCUGUUCUUGUUCCACCACAAGGUUGAUUCGUUACUUUAUCUCAGCGCAAAGGGGAUGGAUGUGCACCACAUUUUUCACACUUGCUUUGACACUGUGAAGAGUACAGAUCAUACGUGUGAUCGAAGGGCUGCUGCGGAGGGGUUGUGGGGCGAAAUGCAUUUGAGGGAAGACGACGUAGGCCAGGUAGUAAUCCCAUCAAUGGAAAAUUGCACAUCCCCGGAUAUGGUACGAAAUGGCGCAAUUGGAAGUAUUACUAGUUACAGUAUCAUCAACAGGAGUGACCACCCCGUGAGGAACUCGCCCAGGAUGGCCACAAAUAAGAAGAACAAAACAGCCCUCGUUAGCAUAAAGUCGGUGAAGCUGAAAAAAAAUGGCAACGUGCUGUCACUCACAGUAAAUCUUCUAAACUGCAACCUGAACGAAAUAUGCGUGUCUCUCAUAGGAAUACACAAGCAUGUAUUCCCUUUAGAGCACCUCGAGUUAAUAAAGGGGAGAAUCAGCAAAGUAAGGAAUAUCAGGCAGUACCUCCUCCAUAGCAAUAAAAAUACUAUGCACUUGAAGAUGAUUAACGUGACGAAUGAGUUGCUCUACAAAAUGUUAAGCAGGUAUUUCAAGAUAAACCACAUGGUCAGGGAAAAGCACCCAAGCAGUGGUAACACUCCGGAGAAGAAAGAAGACGAGGUUAAGUUUAAUAAGAAUUACGAGAAGUAUAUAAAGAAAUUGGUCAUAAAAAUUUUGGACAAUGAAAGAAUUCUGUACAAUAAAGAACACUUUGAGAAAAUAUUUUACAUGAUUUUGAGGAAGAGAGUCACACAACAGGGUAAGGGGGACUCCUACGUGGGAGGCAAAAAAGGGGAACUCCCAGACGUGAAGACACACGAUAGCAGUAGGAUGCUCAUUAGUCACAACUCGGACAUGCUGCACUCCUUCAGCAGCAAUAACGACAUUGUGGAAAAUUACUAUACCAUGCGGAGGGGGAGACAUGAUAACCUGGCUGGCACUUCGAAAUCGUUGGAACGAGAGUAUCACACCUGUAAGGAGGACACCCUCCUGAGCAACCCUCAAUAUGACGAGAAGUCCGAUUUGUACAACAAUUCUAACUACUUCGACUUGGACACAGGACGUAAUUCCUACUCUAAAGAUUCUGAAGCAAGUGAUCAGGGUAUAAGGAAAGGGAAGGACCAGCCCAAUGGGGGAAACAACAACGAGGAGAAAUUUUUCAUGCAAGAUGACAAGGAACAAUACAAAGACAUUGAUUUGAUGAAGCCAUGCAAGAGGUACAACAACGAAAAUUGCAAAUAUAUGAAUCUGAGAAACCUGUUUAAUUUUGAUGAGAUCCUAAUUGAUACAGAAAAAAUAAUGGGCGAUGAAAUUUUCAUUGACAGUAGUAUAUCCAAUUUACAACUAUCACAAGUGGACUACCUGAAUGGGAGAGAAGUGGAGGAGAAAGACACCCCCCAGAAGAAGACAUCCCUUUUCUUCUUCCUAAUAAGCAAAACAAACGUUGCCGUUAGUAACAAAAAUGAAGGUAUAUUCAAAAUUGUCUGCAAUGACUUUAUGAGCGAGUUGACUCAUAUGGCUAGCUGUCUAAAUAUAUCUUUGAAAAUGAACACGCUGUACUUUUUCUACGUCCUCAGCGUUUCGAGGAAGCCCAAAGUGGGUAGGCCUCUCAAGAAGAUCAGCGAAAAAGCGGCCAACAUAUUAGAUGAGAAUAAAAUUCCUGACAUGCGAAACAACACGUGUAAAAAAUAUGUCAUCUUAACCGACUCGAUAAGUAACCUGUUGAGUGUUUCCAAGUCAAGUCUCAAAAAAAAAAAAAACGACCUCUUUAAUCAGUAUGUAUGCAUUUUGGAAAGAAAAAAGUUUAAACUCUUUAUCGACUACGACAAGAAGGUGAAGUGUCCCAAGCCGCAGCUGCAUUUAGACGUACACAUAAACAAAGAGACGAACAGAAAGACUGUGAAACUGUCGAUCAGCAAUUUCAACCUUUUUUACAGCUCCACCUUAUUCGUCUUACUAAACAGUGUCGUGAUAAAUUACUUUUUAACGUACAUCCAAGAGAAGGAAAAAAUGAGCAUUCUGCUCUGCAGGUACGGAGUCAUCUUGCGGAAUAGAAGGGGCCAGUCAAACCAUGUGAAGCAUGGUUCUUUGAAGAGGAAAAAAAGGAGCGACGGAAUGGUUGUUAUAUCCCUCGGGAAAUGGCUAAGCAGCCACGAAGUGGUGAACACGCUGCGCACAUCCAGCAACGACAGUUUCAUCGACGAAACGUAUGCAGACAAUGACAUUAGCUAUAAGAUCUUCGAUCAGAAGGGGAAGCACAUGGAUGAGGUAAAUGAGGAUACCAUCAAUUUAACUAAUAACACUUUUUAUUACGAUUUUUCCGAGAAUGAAAAUGGGACGGAGAAGAACAUCCAAAGAAGCGCGCUUCAUCAGAGUGAACAAUGUGAAGGCAACGCCCUUUGUGAUGCCACAAGGGGAGACGUAAGCGAAAAUGGGAGUCAUGCUGCGAUCAAUUCUGUGAGCAAGGGUCUGUACAAUGGUUUGUACUACCGCGAUAAGGGGACCAAUUCCGGGAAGACGAAAAGAAAAAGUACUGUGCACGACACAGGUGAAGGAUUCGCAUCGAAAAGGAGGUUCCACGACACGAAUGCCAACCUUCACGGGCUCGCUCCAAAUGUUAACUCCCUCGAUAAUGUUAACCCGAAAGAUAAUGUUAACCCCCACGAUAAUGUUAACUCUCAAAAGUGGAGAAAGAAAAAUUUCAGUUUUUUAAAAUCAGAAACGAAGCGAGAUGUCAUUUGUGCAGCCUUCUCCUUUGGAAAGGAAGAUUCCCCAGAAUGUCAUCAAAGCAAAGGGAAUCACGAAGGAGGGUUAAUAAAGGAAGAUAACAGAUUGGCUGCACAGUCUCAGGGUUUGGCAAACGAUCGAGCUUCCAACAGUGUCUAUCAUGACGAGUUAGCGAAUAAUUGUGACACUCUUCGGAGUGUAAUCAAUUCGAAGUACGAACAUCUGGAGGUAGGUGGUGACAGUCGGAAGGAGGAAGAGAGCCAAAAAAUUGUCAAAGUGGACACUAAUAUAGAUAGAGUCAAUACAUUAUCGAAGAAUAUAUUCGCUAACCACAAUUCCAAACCAACACUCAGCACUAGAGAAGGACAGAACGUUACAGAAAAUAUCCUGAGGAAGAACAAAAAAGUGUGUCACGCAGUUGCACAGCACCAGGGGGAAGCUCCGUCCUCUAGAAAGAACACACGCGAUGGAGAAGGAGAAAAGUCUCAAAAUAUUCAAGAAAUUAACCUGUUCAUCUGUUCCGAAAAUGUCAACAUAUGCUAUCUUAUUAACUACCACCGAUUUAAGUAUCUUUACAAGAAGAACCACAAGGUGGACGCCUACAUGAAUGACUACAUCAACUUUAUUGAUAGCUGCUCCAACUACUGUAAAGAGGAGAAGACGGAAGGAGAAGAUUUUGACCAUAUUGGAAUUAUGAACAAGGAUCUGUACAAUUUGAAUUUAAAUUUUCUACUUAAAUGGGAAUAUAGAUGCACACAAAAUAAGAAGUCCAUCAGUGCCUUCUUUCCCUUUCUUUAUAUUAUCCUGAUGAAGAAUUGCAACUACGUCAUUUCGCAUUUAACAAUCGUGGAUGUCAAAGUGAGUGCUCAGUUUUUGUGCAAACGUGGGGAGGAAGAAAAAAAAAAGAAAAAAAGAAAAAAUCAUUUACAGAAAAAAAUUGCCCUAGAAAUGUACGACAAGGCAAUGUUGAAUUAUUUACCCGAAGAACGAGCCUAUUUCGGCCAGCAAGAAACUCGUGCUGGAGGGAAGUGGAAGGAGGGUGGAAACACACAUAGAAGCUUAGAUCGAAGGUCACACAGCCGCUGCGAGAAUUUGGCCAAGAAAUAUUAUGAAAGGCUGAGUGACAAACCCGAGUGCACUAACUCUAACGGGGAAAAGUCCCUCACGGACAGCUGCAUAAUAGCAAAGCAUAUCAACAGCAGCCUGUCCAUAAACAAACGGGUGUCCCACAGUAGGAGUAGGAACCAUGCUAACAACUCUGAUUUGUUCUACGAUCUAACGUUGAAAAAGGGGGUUAUAAGAAGUGGGAAAGAUCCAUCGCCCGAAAGGACCAGCGAGUGCAGCAACCAUGAUAAUGGGGAGAAGCAUGACGACGAGAGGAAUAAGCCUUUGAACCGCAGUGGUGAGAUGAAUCAAGCAGAAUCCAUAUCUAGUGAAAGGAGAGUCAGCAAACAGAAAUCCUACAUGAGAUUUCUGUUUAAUUAUAAGAAACCUGACCAGGCACAACCGAUGGGUAGAAAAAUUACGGAAAUUGGGGAAGGUGAACCAAUUACCACUUUCCAGGGCAGUGAUGCCAAGAGUGCUACCAUCACUAACGGCGUGUCGCACAGACAGAACCUCCUCAACUACCUAAAUUCGGCUGUUAACAUUAUGGGAAAAAAUAAGAGCACUCCGAAGCCCAUACUGAAGAAGGACAACCUUAGCAGGAGAUCGCUGAGCCUGUUCAGCUUCAAGUCCCCCGGAUUUCUCCACAAGAAGGCCGACCGAUGGAAAAGCAACACGUUGGAAAUUGUGCGCACAGAAGGUGAUAACAACGACGCAUCCUACGACUUGGGUAGCGUGAAAGCACAAAAGAGUGAAUGCAUCUCUGAGGAGGAAGGAAAAGACGGGAAGGAUCAGAAGGAGGACUUCCUAAAAUUUGCCCACCACAGUAGUGACAACUUUGUGAGCAUUUCCAAACAAGGCAGUUUCUACCACGUUGGGGAUGAACGAUUCAUGGGAAAUUCCACAAACCGAAGGAAUAAAAUGACAGGUAGCCUGUCCAAAUGUAGGGACUCCCUUGAGAGUGUCCCCAUAAAUAAUGAGCGAGACGAAUUCAACAAAGGAGGCCGAAAAAAAAAAAAAAAAAAGAAAAAAAAAUCCCCACAAUUAGAAGAAUAUACAAAAAAAACAGCCAUGUGGAAACUCUCCAGGUGCAACCUAUCUGUGUAUAACAUAAACCUAUUCAGCUGCAUCUAUUUAAGACGAUUUAAACGAAGCAAGCAAAAGUACUUAGAACCCCUGGUGUAUAAUUAUAAGCAUGCUAACGGUAUACAUUCUUUUCAAGCGAAUAGGAAAGAAAACGAGUUUUUUAAUCCGUCCUUUGUACAAAACAGCUUCGACAUGUAUGCCAAUGUUAAGACCACCAAUUAUGACAAGCUAACAAAGAGCAACUAUAUUCUUGAGAGAGACUUAACAUUUUUAGAAUACAUUAACCAAGUAUAUAGUUUGGAAUGGUUCAACAAAUUUAAUGUUCAGCAUUUGUACAAUAUCAACAAGAUUCACUCGAGCGUUUCCAGAUUUAUGUGCCUGAAUGGGAAAGGGAGACUCGACUUCGCCGAUGGCAAUAUUGUGUGUUGCUAUGUGCCCAUAUUUUACAAGCACAUUUCAGCGUCUUACAGAAAUGUUUACAAGUUAUUGCUACUCACCAGGUACUACGAAAGUGUGCAGUAUCUACCCAGGUUGUGCAGGAAGGGAGGGGGAUCACAUGUCGACGGUGGGGAGGAUCCUUAUGAGAGAAGAAGAAACGAGAUGAGGAAUAAACAGUUAGAUGGGAACACCCUGAAGGAGAGAGCUUCAGGGGUGCAUGAAAUGGACAAAGAACGUCUAGAAGUAAAUAAAAAUGGUUCGAAAGAGAGGAACAAGAGCGACACGAAACAAUGCUCGAAAAAGGCCAAACCACGCAGUACUGAUAAUCAUGUUAACAGAGCAAAAGGGGAAAGGGAAAAGAAAGCACACAUGUUUGGGGGGAAUAAUAAAGCCUGCAACCUGAAGGAGUACCAGAGUUUCAAUUAUUGGGAAGAAUUAAAAGAAAAAAGACAGAGCAGAGGAAUUGCCAAUUUUACCCAUCCGUUGAAUGACAUAACAGACGCAUGCAGAGCGGAAGAAGGAAAAGCAUUUUAUCAUGACGGCACGAGUGAUUUGCUCCAAAAUGACGAAAAGAUAACAGCCCUAAAAGAGAAGUGCACCCUUCCUAUCGAGAACCAUUUUAACAGCUUGAAUAAUUACUUAAUAUAUAAGAAAGACUUCUUAAAAUACAGCUCUUGGAAGGAAAACCAUCUUUAUUUCUCUCUGAAGGAAGUAGAAUGUUACGAUCAAGAGGGGCACAAUAGAAAUGGAUUUUCAAAAAGGAACGUGAACAGACAUGGGGGGUGCAAAAGUAAGAAGACCAAAAAAUGCUUCAAUUUUUACAUUCACAUGUAUGCUUCUAGCAUUAACCUUGAUCCAUACUUCAUUUCGACGUGCAACUUUUACCUGGUCAACAAUUUGAACAAAAAUUUAAUUGCAUACGAUAUCAAAGAAACGAAGGAUUAUUUCAUUCAUAAGUAUAAAGAAAUGAAACAGUACUACAGGCAGACAGUUGGGUGGAGUGACCAUUUGGAGAAUGGAAGAACGGAAUUCACGGCCAGUUCGUCGGAGGAUGAGGAGAUACCGGAAAGGGUAAAGAAGGUUCGUCUGGAGAGACAGCAUAUGGAGAAGAAUGUCCAAGAUCGAGGCCCCACCCUAUGUGGUAGCAUCUACCAUGAGGAGCACUCGAAGAAAGAUGCGGAGGAGGGGAAAACACACCAAGAGCAGACCAUACGCGAAGAGCUGUUCUCCUUCAGCCCACCCAAGACACUAAAGCUGUUCCGCCUGAUGAAUUCCCUCAACAACCUUACGAACAAAAUUAAUGAAAAACUAAAAAAUAAUAAGGUCAUAAUUAAUGUCGACAUAAAAAACGUAGACAUUAAUGUUCUUGACUGCUCCUAUAUAUACGAGAGUAAAUAUUUGCUAGUAGACCAUGUGCACCCCUUUUACAAUAACCAGUAUGUGUACAUGUCGAAGGAAGAGUACGACCGAAUUAGGAGAAAAAAGGGGAAUCAUUCCAACGAGUUUUCAAACCUUGAGUCGAUGGAAAACAAACAUUUUUCCAGCACUAUUAAUAAUCUCAUCUUCAAUAGACUUACAAAUUAUUAUAAUGACAACUCUUUCUACAUCGUUUCUAUUAAUGCCAAUAAAGUGAAGAGGAUUUCUAUACGGCUGUAUUCCACAGUCAUAUUGAACAAUUUUAUCAAGCAAGAAAAUGUGAAUGACGUGUUGAGUGUCAUUGUGUACAAUUACAGAAUGAAAUUCUCAAGCCUUAAGCUAAAAAAAGUGAGAAACAUAGCGAAGGAUGGGAAAGACGACAUAAUGAAUAUCCUGGAUGAAAUGGGUCUGGACGAAACGGAAGAUACCACAAAGGGGAAGAAAAAAAAGAAACAUAGAAAAGAGAAAGGGAGGAGAUGCAAACCUGAGAAGAAUAGCCACCUUAAUUUCUACCAAAAGAUCUCAAGGAGCUAUAAGGACAGACUAAAUACGUACAGCUCCCUCAACAAGGACAGCUUGAUUGAAAGCACCAAAAGUGUUAUCUACGAUGAUAUAAUAAGUAGCAACAGUAAGCUGCAUAACUUCGAGUGGUUCGCAAGUAAUGAUCCGUCAGAAGGGUGGGGUUCAUUUAUACCCACUCCACCAACUGCCUUGUGUAGGUCGUCCUCCGAACCCACAUCCGCGGCGACUUCUCCGGUGAGCUCUGCCCAGUCCACGUCGAUUAACUCCCUGCUGUCGUAUGACUCAAACGUCGAAAAGACAGUUCCACAAAUGCGUAAGGAACUGCAAAAAGGCACAAGGCGGCACAGAUCGACCUCUGAACACUUUCGUCUAUCGAAGAGGAGAAAUCUAAAAGAGGCCGCUUUGCAGAUGAGAAGAAGACACUGGAGAGAGAGCAACAGCUUUUCUGACAGUAUAUACACAAAGCAUUCCACCUCGAUAAGACAGCAGGUGCACCAGUUUAAUGAUGAGAAUGGAAGAACCGUCAGUUUCCACAAUUUUUGGAGCCGCACUGCAAACGACUUAGAUGACCAUGCGGAAAAUGAGCGAAGAAUGAAGAAAAAAAAAGUGAAAAACAAAUUCUAUAACUACAUUAAGAAGAUAUAUAACAAUAUGAAGUCCAAGCAGAAGAAGAAAAAACUAAUCCUAAACAACAUCGUUGAAAAUAAUAAGUGGUCCGUUAGUUUAGAAAAUAUGAUUUUCUAUUUACCCCAGUUUAGGAAGGGCUUUAAAUUUUCCUUAUAUUUGAACAAGUUUAUCAUAUACGACUAUAACCAAAUAAAAAUAUGCAGCAACAUUUCUCAGUUUAGGUUAUUCCUUGGCAGUAGUGCAGAGAGGAGGUACCUCCAGCUGUGCAACAAAAUAAUCCGCACGUUUAGUCACUUACACCUCAAUAGAGAUUUACUCAAAGGAAACUUAAGGAGGAAAAUUGUGUUACAGAAAGUGAAACACGAAAUAUAUAAUAAUCAGGUCUAUGUUAUAGCAAAUGAGGGCGUAAAAAAUAUCGACGUUGUUUUGGACGUCAAAAAUACAAGACUUACUUUGCACAACCGGACAACCAUGGAUUUAGUGAACUACUUCACCGAACUGUCCAUCAGCACCUUUUCAUUCCUCUAUGUAUAUUCUCUCUACCCAGAGGUAUCCUUUUCUAACGUUUCUCUCCUGACUUCGUGCAUGAAUGUAGACAAUUUUCAGAAGGGACUCCUCCUAUAUAACAACCUGCUGAAAAACUACAUCGCCACUUGUAAAAGUGGAACUCCACAGAAUGGCAGCAUCAUGACUAUCUCUUCACGUAACAACAGCAACAACAGAAACAACAAUAAUGCGUCGUUCACAAGUGCUUGCAACAUGGUGGAUUUGGAGAGAUCCCUCUUUGACCAGUCCCACAGUUAUGACAACCCAAACCAAAGCGAUGACAACAGUCUGAAUAACCUGGACCGCGAGGAAAAAGCGAAGCGAAGUGGAAAGGCGAACAUAACACACGAGAGACAACAAGACAAAAGCGAACAAACAGAGCAUAACGACUUUACGCGAGCGUGUUAUGCGAAAAAAUCUACCGACGGAAGCGAACAUGGUUCGGACGUUAGCAACAUUAAUAUGUUGAUGGAAAAAAUGAUUUGCCACAAAAAUAAAAUAAAUUAUAAAUACCUAAUUAUGAACAAAUUCGAAUACCAAACGAAGGCACACAACUCGCUGAAAGAAUUGCAUGACAAGAAUUACUACUUCUUAGCGUUUGUAAGUAACAAUUUGCUCUUCUUCUUGUAUUUCUACACCAAGUAUAAAACCGUCCUGAAUUUCGUGUCCACUGAGGAUAUAUUCACUCUGAGACUUAACUACGUUUAUCCUAUCAGACGCAUUAAGCACCGAGCACUGGUGAAGGCGAACAAAAUUUGCGAAAAUAUAAGAUCGAAGAAGAAGUUCAUACAUGCGGGCAAGAAAUAUAUGCAGAGGGAACAACUGAAAUUUUCUACCUCCAAAAUAAUGGAAAAGAAAAAAAAAAGAAAGCGGAAACUGGAAAAAUUCAUCAGGUAUAAGAAGGAGAAAGGGAGACAUAAUCCAGACAGGGAGAUGAACCCUUUGUAUGAACCAAAUGUAAGCUCGACUCUCUGUUGGAAAGAAUUUUCAUAUAGUCCUGGGGAGAAAGGAAAGAAAGCGAAAGAGGAACCGUUCCCUGUAGAGGAGCUCAAGCUCGAAAAGUACAACACCCAAGAUAACACCAACACUGUUUCUAUAAAAAACGAACAUGAAGAGAUCAUUCCGUAUAGUAGCAUAGGCAGCUUGACAAACCAAAAAACGAUCAUAAAAUCCGGGUCAAUUAUUUAUGAUAAGAUGAAGAAUGACCGAGCGGAGGAGUACAAGAAGAAGCAAUAUAUCAAGCAGGAUGUCCACGAAGUUAAGGGAUUCUCUACAAAAUUAAAAACUACCAUAAGAAAAUUUUUUACCCGCAAGUUAUCCUCCUAUAUGUUGGGGAAUAAGAACCACUAUGGGGAUGACAAAAAAAGAGACAGCAUGUCGAACACUUCGAACGAGUUAUUCUCCACGGACUAUAACUCAGUGCUGCAUAAAUUAAGAGACGAAUCUGACGCUAGCUCAACAAACAACCCCUUAACUUCGUUCAACAAUAUACACGUUUUUAGAAACAAAUGCAUUUCCUUAAAGAUGAAGAUGAACCUGUUCGAAACUUGGGUUAUCCAAGAAGAUCUGUUCAAUUUGCACGCUCAGAAAAAGAGAAAUAUGCGGGUCAGCUCAUUUCUGAAAAAAACAAAAAAAAAAAACAACAUUUUCACGUCCUCCUCUCUAGACAAUCAUAAACCAACAAAGGGAGAAAAUCAAAUGAGAGGUACCAGACGAUCGAGAAAAAACAUGAUAGGUGAAUCGAAUAGUUAUGGGGAAGAUUACCUAUAUGAACAAGUGGAGGAAGCCCAAAACUUGAGCAUCAAAUCUGUUAGCUCUACCAACUCUGGUAGUAACGUAAAUAUCCUGAAUAUCCUGGAAAAAUCCAGAAAUCAUUUCAACACAUUUAUGAAUAAGAAAAUCAACAAGCAGAUUUUUUAUCUUGCCAAAAGGAAGGCCUCCAAAAAUGAUUUAGAAGAUUUGAACGAAAAUGCUAAACACGUCAUUAGAAGGAAAAAGAAUAAUGUUAAGGAAAAGGAAAACCAGAUAGAAAAAAGUAUGGUCAGACUAAAUGUGGGAAAUACCGCCGAUUCCCACAUCUGGGUGGACUCCUCCUCCCUCAGUGACUACACCUAUCGUAAAGACAAACCGUUGUCACUCUUUUUAGGCAAGUCAAAUAGCAACAUGAACAUUUAUGCUGAUAGAUAUGUUGGGGAGAAGGACCUCUUUAAAGCCCUGGCAAACCAAAAAAUAAAUAAAUGGAAUGAGUACCUCAAGUGGGAGAAGAAAAAACAAAAAAGGAAAAACAUAAGAGACAACAAUAGGAAUAUAUGCCUCUCCAUCAUUUUUAGUGUAGACACAUAUUACAAGGAACAGAAAAAAAUGGACUCAUCAAAGCUUAAGAUACAAGUGAAUAACUUAAACAUCAUGUCAGGGAAGUGCUUCAACUUUAGUGACAUCUAUGAUCAGCUGAAGCUGUACAGGAGCGGCAACAACUUCAGGCCCUCUGUCUACACCUCGGGAAUUCUCGAUUUACAUCAACUACAUGAUGCUUCUAGCAGAGAGAGGAAUUAUGCGUACGUAAAGAAACUGCACAAUCGAAACGACAAAGUUGCCAGCACCGAAAUGGAAUAUGCCUUUUAUGAUAACCCCAACUUCUAUAAUAUAUACUACAACGAGAUGAGGAAUGCGAAGAUGGCCAAGCGGAUGAUCAGAAAUGGGAAGCAGAGGGGCGGUAGGCGCAUCCAUCAUCACAUUGCUCACGGGGAUCUAGCCCAUAGGGAAGACACCCGCAGUGGAGAGGAAGUACCUAGUUAUGGAGCAACCAGUGCCGAAAAGCACUCAGACAGAUACCUAAGCGAUGGAGGCAUAACAAAUGAUCUAUCUUGGAAGGCAGAAAAGGACGCUUUCAAUCCGGCAGAGAAAAGCAUAACGUUUAGCUCUACGCACGAAGCGGAGUUCUCUGACCAGGCGAAAAAAAGGCGUCACAACCUUGCAGAGGAUAUGCUCAGAUGGAACAGCUCCGAGGUUUACGGCAACCUCUCACGAAAGCACAACCGGGAGAAGAAGGCACUGGUGAGAUAUAGUAACCUGUUUAUACUGAAGAAUAAGAACAAAAUUAUUUACAAAGACAAGUUUAACAUUUUUCUGAAUCAUAACAAUAAUAUAUUUAUGCCAAACAUUAAGGACGAAAAUGACUGGCUGCUAAGCAUCAACAGUGUGUAUUUAUUUGUAAAUUCGCUAAGAACCAAAAGAUCCUUUAACUUAAGUUGCCACGAACUGCUCAUAAACCUAAACAUAGACAAUAUAAAAGAGCUAUAUAAACUGCAGACCAAUUUUAACUACAAUAUUUACUACGCACAGUUUUAUAUAAAUUAUCUUUCCUUUGUAAGGAACAUUUAUGUGAUUCCAUUUAUGCACAAGGAUAAAACGUGUAUCGAAAAAUCAAACGAAAAAUUGAAGAUAAAUGGAGUGUACCUAAGAAGCAUGAACAAGCUGAAGGUUCUGGACAAAAAUACUCUGCACAACAAGUGCAAGGUAACGAAAAGCAUGAACUCAGAGUAUACGAGUUUGCAUGGAGUAAAAUAUGCAAGCAAAUGCACUGACUCGUGUGAUGCGUACCCACCUAUCAGUGUUAACAGCCCAUGUGGAAAGGAAGACCCAUAUGACACACUCCCAUUUGGGACAAUCCCCCAAAGGAAUGACCGAAUGGAUCGAAUCGACCGAGUCGACCGAAUGGACGGACACCCCUCAGAGGGUACCUCGCCAAAUGCCAACAACAAAUUUGGCAUACUAUCGAAAAAAAGGGAAGACGUAUUAAUAAAAGAUAAGUCACAGUGCAGAAAUAAAUGUAUCUCCUUUAAUGACAUGGACGAAGUAAUUGGAAAGACGGACGAAGAGAGGAACGAGAAAAGUGCGGAAAAAAGGGACGAAAAGAAAGUAGACGUGUACAACCUGAUUAGGGAAAAGACAUUACAUGUUCACGACAUGGAGGAAAAUGAAAAUUACAUCAACGAUCAUAUAACAACGAUGUACACGGCUCGUAAAUAUUUUCUCAUUAAAAAUCUUAAUAUAUACAAAAAAAUGGUUCAUUAUUAUGCAAAAAUGCAGACUUUUAUCGACCUAGAAGAGAAAAACAGGAAGUACACGGAAAUUAUUCAUACGUUGAAGGAUACCUAUGUGAAGAUAGAACAGUACCGAGAGAAUCUCUACUACCUGUACAGUCAGCUAUUUUCCAUAAUUAGAAAUAUUAACGACGAGAAAAACAUCAUAUGCCAUGGACUAGUCUUCCUAAAGCCACUCUGUUGUCUGUACUCAUAUAGCAAUAAAUAUGUCACGAACUUGUUUUACUACUUGUUCGUUUUUUCGAAAUAUAAUAAAUUCGCAGAUUAUCUGUGUAGUAUAAAGAAAUAUUUUGACUACAAAUAUUUUACCUACUUCACCAAGAAGAUUGGAAAUCUGCAUGUGUGUCAUGUUGGAGAAAGGAUGAGUAAACAGCUUACACACACGGUCACUUACAAUAACAGUGGGGUGUCCCCUCAUGAGAAGGACAUUUCCAUGGUACACAACAGUGGAAGUAGCCCCAUCAUGAACGAGAACUAUGCCCUACAGAAGGAGAUAAACGAGAAUAUUAAGAAGGAGGAAAUGCUCAAAGAGAACGAAGUGACCAAGAAGAAUUUGUCCUGUUUCAUUAUUUCUGCCCUUCUUUAUCUCUACCAGCCGUACAUGUACAGACAUAAAAAAUGCGCUCCCAUGACAAAUAGGAAGAAGCAGAAUUUGAAGAGAAUGUUCAGACGGAAGCGGCACCUUUCGUCCCUCUCGCAGGAAGAUGGUCUGCUGCUGCGCCACAAUAUCGCCUUUUACGAAAUGGGUCAGGAUGACGAAACGAAAAAUAAACACAUACAGAACGAAAGCAGCCGUGAAAUGACCUCCGAACUGAACGACCUAUACAGGAUGAACAAGGGAAUGGAAGAAAACCUACUGACCAAAUUCGAUGCUCUCAACUCAAAAGAAGGCAAAGAAACCGAAGUAAGGAAAAACAAAUCCUACAUGUUUCACAAAAAGGGAAUAAAGAUAAAGAUAAAAAUCCGAGUUAACAAUGUGGGCCUCAAAAUACACCAACUAAACAAGGAAAAUAUAUUAACGCUAAAUCUGUACGACUUGAAUUACUAUAUGUUUACCUGUCUCUAUCAGUAUCAUUUUCUUUUUCACAAGACGAAUGAGAAUGUUGGUUUCUACCUGAACGACAAGGUAGAGAAAAUUAAAUUUGAAGAUAUCUACGCCAUCAAGGAAAAGAGCGAAAUGAAGAAAAGAGUGAACAGCAAUUUGUAUAUGGACAGUCUAUGGUACGAAUUGUCCGCUGAAGAAUCUGCCAUUCAUGACGAACUGUGUAACUUCCAGCGGGGAAAUAAAAAGAAAAAAAAAAAAAAAAAAUUGUAUUAA